AUGAUUAUCUUAUUGGUCUCCACGUACCGCCAUUUGAAAGCUCCGAUGUACUUCUUCCUCAGCCACCUGUCUUCCAACGACAUCCUUCUCACCACAACCAUUGAACCUGAAAUGCUUCAGAUUAUUUUGAGAGAAGGGAGUUCUAUUUCCCUGUCUGGAUGCUUAACUCAAUUAUAUUUCUUUUCUUUAUCGGCUAUUAAUGAGUGUUUCCUCCUCACCGUGAUGUCCUACGACCGGUAUUUGGCCAUCUGUAACCCAUUGCGUUAUUCCUCCAUCAUGGACCUCAAACUUUGUAUUCUUCUUGUAGGUUCAUCUUGGGUCUGUGGAGUACUUAUUGCUUUACCACAUAUUGUUCUUUUCAACAAAAUGACAUUUUGUGGGUCUAAUGUAAUUAACCAUUUUUAUUGUGACCUUCUUCCACUUCUCAAACUUUCUUGUUCAGACAUAUCAACUAGUGAAAUUGUGAAUGCUAUCAAUUCUGUCCCAAUAUUAUUUCUACCUUUUAUUUUCAUUUCUGUAACUUAUAUGAACAUCAUUGUCGCCAUCCUCCGGAUCUCUACAUCAUCUGGAAGACAAAAAGCCUUCUCCACCUGCAGCUCCCACCUGACCGUGGUCUGUAUGUAUUAUGGGACGUUGGUGUUUAAUUAUCUGGUUCCAUCUGAAGGACAAUUCCUAGGUUUACAAAAAACGGCUUCUGUGUGUUACACUAUUCUGAUCCCAAUGCUAAACCCCUUAAUAUACAGUCUAAGAAAUGAAACCAUGAAAAGGGCGAUAAUGAAAUGUAUCUCCCCCCAAAAAAAUGUGUUAAAGUGA